AUGGCCAUCCUCAGCCGAUUCGGAAGCAAACAGCUCGUCAGAUCCUACGCAAACAUCUCAUCCAAGCACUACCCAUCCAUCACACCGCCCUACCACCGAUUGAUCAACAGACUCCGGGAUGGCCGGGAACAACUGAUACCCCCAGGACAGCGGGACAGACUGACGCUUGCCGAGAAGAUAUUUAUCAGUCACUUGGACGACAGCCAUUUUGAUGGACAGAGUAGUCACUUAACAAGAGGAACCUCAUUUGUCAAACUCAAGCCAGACCGGGUAGCGAUGCAAGAUGCUUCUGCUCAGAUGGCCUUAUUACAAUUUGCAACCUGUGAGAUGCGCUCGACAGCGGUGCCGACGUCGAUCCAUUGCGACCAUCUCAUCGCGGCCUCGGAGGGGGCAUCAAAUGACCUCCAACGUGGAAUCGACAGCUCCAAGGAAGUCUUCGAUUUCUUGAGGAGUGCUAGUGAGAAGUACGGGAUCGAGUUCUGGAAGCCUGGAAGUGGAAUCAUCCAUCAAAUCGUCCUUGAAAACUAUGCCGCCCCAGGACUCUUUAUGCUCGGGACUGACUCUCACACUCCCAAUGCGGGUGGAUUGGGAGCUAUUGCCAUCGGCGUUGGUGGGGCGGAUGCAGUCGAUGCCAUGACGGAUACACCUUGGGAGACCAGGUUUCCAAAAGUGAUCGGAGUCGAAUUGAAGGGAAAGAUGAAUCCCUGGACUAGUCCUAAAGACUUGAUAUUACACAUUCUCGGUAAACUCACCGUCCGUGGAGGUACUGGCUUUGUUAUUGAAUACCAUGGGGACGGGGUCCAUCAUCAAUCAGCAACAGGCUUGGCAACGAUAUGUAAUAUGGGCGCUGAGAUGGGCGCAACGACCUCCCUGUUCCCAUACACGAAACAAAUGAAAUCUUACCUUCAAGCUACCAAUCGGUCCCCGGUUGCAGACGCCGCAGAUGAAGCCAAUGCACAAGGUUUCUUGUCCGCAGACCCCAAUUGUGAAUACGACCAACACCUGUCCAUCGAUCUCGCCGAGCUGGAGCCUCACAUCAAUGGCCCACACACACCUGACCUGGCCACUCCCUUGAGCAAAUUCAAGGCUUUCAUCGAAAAUAAUAACUGGGACGAUAGAGCAAGCGCUUGCCUGAUUGGAAGUUGCACCAACAGCAGUUAUGAAGACAUGGCCAGGGUCUCGAGCAUUGCUAAGCAAGCCCUCGAUAAGGGCCUGAAGACUCAGACCAAAUUCAUGAUCACACCUGGCUCCGAACAGAUCAACUCGACCAUUGCUCGGGACGGAAUCAAGCAAACUCUAGAGUCUGUCGGUGGAAUCGUCCUGGCCAAUGCUUGUGGACCUUGUAUCGGUCAAUGGGAGCGUAAAGAAGAAAAAGAUCAGGAGAAUGCUAUUCUGACGUCUUUUAAUCGUAACUUCAAAGCGAGGAAUGAUGGGAAUAGGAAAACCAUGAACUUCUUGGCUUCGCCUGAACUUGUCACUGCUAUGGCAUUUUCCGGAAAACUAUCAUUCAACCCAAUCACGGAUACAUUGACCGAUUCAAAUGGAAAACCGUUCAAGUUUGAUCCACCUCACGGGGAUCGUCUGCCAGCCCAAGGAUUCGACCAAGGAAAUCUAUCCUACAUACCCGAGCCUGUUCCCAGCCCUCGGCCGGAAGCUCAGAUCAGUAUCGAUCCACAAUCCUCCAGGCUCGAGAUCCUCAAACCGUUUGAGCCCCAUUGGACUGACCUCCAACAGCCGCUAGAGUUCAACAAUUUGAAAUGUCUGAUCAGGAUUCAAGGCAAAUGUACGACGGAUGAAAUCUCUGCCGCUGGGAAAUGGCUCAAAUUCAAAGGACAUCUCUCUAACAUCAGUGAGAAUACCUUAAUCGGUGCUAAGAAUGAUGAAAAUGGCAAAAUCAAUUGCGCUUUGGAUUCGGUGGAUGGUCAAAUGGUCGAAGGAUCGAUCCCUAAUGUGGCCAAGCGAUGGAAAUCUAUUGGCCAACCAUGGAUGAUUGUUGCAGACUAUAACUAUGGAGAAGGAUCGGCAAGAGAACAUGCGAGUAUGCAGCCGCGCUUCCUAGGCGGCAAGCUAAUCCUAGCCAAAUCGUUUGCAAGGAUCCAUUUAGUGAACCUGAUCAAGCAAGGCAUCCUCGGCCUUACCUUCAAGCAUCCAGAGCAAGACUAUCCGAAGAUCUCGGCUGGCGACCGGAUCUCUACUAAAGGCCUCGACCGAGUCUUGAACGGGAGCCUCGAAGAGCAGGUCUCUCUUAUCAUCACCAAACCCAACGGCUCCCAGCUCGAAAUCGAAACCGUUCAUGGCCUUAGCUCCCAAACCGCUCAGUUCAUUAAAGCCGGUAGCGCGCUCAAUCUUAUUCGUCAACUCAAAGGAAAGUAA